AUGGGUCCGCCUAUACGCCUGUGGGCACUGUUUCUGGGGGGAUUACACUUCGUGACUUAUGCGAGGAGUCAGUGCCAGCCACAGCCCGUGGUAGCGCUCAUUCAGAACGUAUCUUUGCCCAACGGAGCAUUCGUCAGAGGGAUUUCUACGACUAUCGGCUCGAACAACCAGAACAUCUCAUUCUUCGCUAGCGGUGAUUACAAUGAGACUUACAUCUAUGGAACUGAUGGAUUCUGUACAGAUACAUACUCACCCGAGGCGUGCGUAACGUUUCGUGGAGGCGCAUACGACGCAUCAAAAUCCUCUACUGAUAAGUCGAUCGGUACCCAAAAGAAAGGCGACGGUUUCGAAGCGGACUGGACACAAGAUACACUCAGUUUUGGCAGUAACACCUCGUUGGCUUCAUUUGAAUUCGGCGUUCCGCAACAGGAUCUCAACCAAGCAUUCACCAGCCAAUCUCAGCUUGGCCUGGGUAUGAACUCAUCGUUUUUGCGGGCACUCGUAUCCGCAGGUGAUAUAGGUACAAAGGCAUACUCCAUGUUUUGGGGACUGGUUGGUGGUCCCGCAGAAAAGCAGACUUUGGGGUCACUGGUUUUCGGUGGCCUGGACAAAUCGUUGAUCACGGAUCAAAAUGACAACUUCACGGCAUCGCUGUUCCAGGGCAGUAAAUGUGGAACGGGCAUGGUGGUAACGAUCAACGACAUCCUUUUGAAUUGGCCGAAUGGUACCGAUAUGAGUAUCUUCAUGGGGUCACAAUCAGCGGCCAUACAAGCGUGCAUCAGUCCCAGUUUCGCAGGGCUGAUGUCCCUCCCACUGAGCUACUACCAAAACUUCUUGUCACUCGCAGGCGGGACACCUCCAGAUGACGAAAACGAGGCGAGAAGCGUCGGUAUCAAUUACUUCACGAUGCUUUUUGACCCGAAAGACGUUUACUACGGCGGGCUGACAAACAAGCUUCAAAAUAACAUGUCCAUAAAAAAUCCCAACACCGAACUAGUUGUUCCCGAUACAUUCAUUGCCUCCGAUGGCACAGUUCAAACGAACACAUCGGUCCGCAACGUCGUCAUCAAUUCGCUUCAGUUCGACAAUAGUAACGAUCUGCCAGUCCUUGGCCGAUUGUUCAUGAGCUCCGCCUACGUGAUGGUCAAUCAGGAAGCUGGAGUGUUCACUCUCUGGCAGGCAAACACUGCACCAAAGACUGACGAUAUAGUCGCAGUGGACAAACAAAACAACAUGGUCAGUGAAUUCUGCGCGAGCUCUACGGACGGAUCGCCUAGCGCUACAUCCGUGCCCACGUCCUUUGUCACGUCUCCACCACAAAACGAAGAGUCAAAGCUGUCAAGUGGCGCAAUCGGUGGGAUAGUUGUGGGUGCUGUGGGAGGCAUGGCCAUACUGGGGGUAGUUGGUUUCUUUUUGUACCGGAGGCGAGGAUCAAGUGGGACUGAAAUAGAUGUGGCACAGGAACCAGAAUUGCAUCCAGUACAUUUGAAGCCGCCUACCUACAGUAUGGUGCAGGAGCUUCCUGUAGAACAGUAUGGUAUCACGGAGCUGGAUGGUAGAGCCGUGGAUAGUAGUAGAUAUUAG